ACAUGGCGGACUCUGAAGGGCUAACUCCUGUGUAUUUUGCAAUUAGCAACAUCCCUGUAGCCUUUCGCUCAGCGGACCUGAGAAACUAUUUCAGUCAGUUCAUAGAAAGCGGCGGGUUUCAGUGUUUUCACUACCGUCAUCGGCCGGAGGUUCUCAGAGAGUCUGAGGGCCCGGUAAACACAGUGUGUGGGGACAGCGAGGAGUCCAGCUCCCUUUCUUCGGAGACCGACCAGGUCACAAAAAACAGCUCGGUGAAGAGGCAGGCGGUGAGGUCGUGCUGUUGUAUCGUCUCAGUUCACGGUAAAGAAGCUGACAGGUUCUUCAGGAUGUACACGGGGAAUCACUGGAUUGACUCGAAGGGGACCUGGCUGUCCAGGCGGUGUGUUAUCAAGAGAGUCAAAGUCACAACUGACAAAGAUGAUGGAUCCUUCCCUUAUAAAACAAAGUAUGAGCAGCGGCACCGUGUUUCGUUAACAGAGCGUUUCACAGAGGCUGAUCUCAAAAGCUUAUCCGAGCUGAAUCCACCCGCUCUGAUGCAGAAUGGGAAUGUGGGCACACCAGUGAAAGUGUUCCUCCAGCUCAUCCAGUCCUGCCGACUGCCUCCUCGCCUCAUCCGGAAGUUGGGCCUCACUUUCCCCAAGACCAGCUCCAACCGCCGUUACGGCAACGUACCUUUCCAGUAUCAAGACACUUGGACACUUCCAGCCACAGAGGAGACUGUAUUAACAGCUGCUGGACAUGAAAUAUCAGGACCAGGCAUUUUGGCUGCUCCACCCUCUGGUUCAAAGCAGCUGGCUGAUAGCACAGAAACAACAGAGACUGAUGAGCGGCAGAAAGAGGAGGACGAGGACGCACAGUCAAAUGCAGAUGAUGACGAUGACUGGUGUGAGGAGUGGGAGCGCCACGAGGCUUUACACGAUGAUGUAACGAGCCAGGAACGAAGCAAAGAGAGGCUGUAUGAAGAGGAGAUAGAGUUGAAGUGGGAAAAGGGCGGCUCAGGCCUGGUGUUUUACACUGACGCCCAGUACUGGCAGGAGGAAGAAGGAGAUUUUGAUGAACAAACAGCGGACGACUGGGAUGUUGACAUGAGCGUUUACUAUGAUAAAGAUGGAGGUGACAUGGAUGCCCGUGACUACGUCCGAAUGCGGUAUGAAAAGAGGCUGAGGGAGGGUCAUGAAAAUGGAUCUGGAUCCAGUCAAUCUAUUGGCAGCUUUGAGAGGUUCACUAAGGGUGUUGGCCGUCGUGUGAUGGAGAAGCAAGGGUGGAGGGAUGGCGAAGGGUUGGGGAGCAGUCAAAUUGGAAUCCCUGAAGCCUUGGAGAAUGAGGGGCAACAUCCUAACUGCAAAAGGGGGUUUGGUUAUCAUGGAAGGAAACUGGUCUUGCAUCCUGCGAAAAAGGCCAAAACAGAUUUCCAUAUAACUACAGUAUAUGAUAAACCCAAAGAUAUAGAUGGAGGUGACACCUUGCUGAGACGCCAACCAAACACCAGUAUGAAGUACAGAGGCUGGCAGCCAGGUGGCAGCAUUGGACCACGGAGAUGACUUUAAACAAAUAAUUCUUUUGCAUAUAUAUGUAUAUAUAUUUUCUUAACUUCUUAUUUGUCAGACUUUGAUA